AUGAUAGCUGUUUUCGAAAGUCUGGGCGCUUUAAGUGUUAACGCAACCUUGUUUUCUCAAACAAUGUCAUCAAACACAGAAAGCCCUCCCAAUCAAUCUCCAAAAAUAAUUUUGGACAGCGAAGGAAAACCUCUUAAACCCUGUUGUGCAUGUCCAGAAACACGUCUCAAGCAAAACUUGGUUUUGCUGUGUAAUGAUUCUUCUGAUCAAAAGCCCACAGCUCGAUUCCGUGUUACGGGUUCAAUGCUUCCUAAUUUAGUAGGUCGCGAUGUAUGUAUAGUUGGGACUGCUCUUCGUGUUGCCCCUUCAGGACAAAGAAUACAUAUACGCUGCGCAGAUGGGCGGGAAAUCAAUUGCAAUCUCCUCUCGCCUCUUCAGGCUUCUCCAGAAAAUCGAGUUAUAGAAGUGCAAGGUCGCGUAAGCAAUGUUCAAGGUACAGAAAUCAAUGCUACAGCGGAACCGGUCGUUUUCUCCCAGGAAGCAAGUACAAAGUUUGACAGCGAUUUAUAUUCACAAGCUAUCCAAAUGACAGCUCAGUUCGAUCAGUUUUACAUUCAACCAAUGGAAGCAUAA